UCUUCCUUAGCCUUUCUUUUGUGUUAUUUUUAUUCCUACAAAUUCUUUCUUUUCCUCAACUUUCAACCUCUGAGGAAACACAGAUUUUUUACCCGAUAUUCUUUUGGGAGACUUUUUGCACAUACAAAAAAGACAUCUUUUUUUCUCUCCCAAUAUUUUGUUUUGUAGCCCAAGUAUUCAAAACAAAUUCAUACAACCCUUUUAGCAGCACAGAAAGAUUUAAUUCUGUGGGGAGGAACACUGAAGAAGAGAUUCCUGAACAAGUUGAAUCCAAGGCCAUGAAGCAAGGUCAAUGUAAAAAAUCUCUUUUUGCUUCAAUUCACAAACCAUCAACAGAAGAUAGCAGGCCAAGAAGCAUGGUUAUUAAGAAAGCAAAUACUGUAAUUCCAUCUCAUAUCAUAGCCGAAGCAAUAUCAACAUUACAUGAUGAUGGUCUUGGCCUUAGAUGGUCAGGUCCAAUUACACCAACAGAAAUGGAAUAUGUUGAGCAAUAUGUCCUAGCAAAGUAUCCACAAUAUGCGGGCCUUGUUGAAGGUGAAAAAUUUGACCUCUCUAGUAUUUGCAUCAAUGAUGAGUCUACUACCGAUCCUGUCACAGAUGACAAGAGAAAGUCUCCAAGGGGAGCAUCCAGAGAGCCCACCACACCCUCCUCUGGUGGCAACCUUCCUGAGCUAGAUAGGACACAGUUAGCGCCAUCAAGAUUGCUCGAUAUCCUCACAACAAAAUCCUCCUUUCCUGGUAGUUUCAUCUCAAUCCCUGAGAUACAAGCUCGAAACAAGGUUUUGAAGCACUGCGGCUUGCCUGAUGAAGAGUACCUAGUUCUCUUCACACCGAAUUAUGUCGAUUCCAUGAAGUUAGUAGGGGAGAGCUAUCCAUUCUUCAAGGGAAACACCUACAUGACCAUUAUAGGAGAGGACGAAGAAGACUGCAUAAGGGAGUAUGCUAGUUUCAAAGAAUCAAGAGUGAUUUUGGCACCAGUGACUUGGUUGGACUUGAGGAUCAAAGGUUCACAGCUUAGCCAGUACUUCAGGAAAAAAAGCAAGUACAAGCAAAAGGGUCUGUUCUCCUAUCCUGCUGUUGUAAAUGGGACUCAUUAUUCACUGCAUUGGGUUUCAGAAGCUCAUCGGAAUUCAUGGCAUGUUCUUCUUGAUGCCACUGAACUAGUUAUUGGCAAAGACCACUUGAAUCUGGUCCUGCAUAGGCCUGACUUUGUGUUAUGCAGUCUUGACAAUACACCUGCAAUUCCUUCAAAAAUAACUUGCCUCUUGGUCAGGAAGAAGUCUUUUGAUACCACCACAGCUUCAUCUCAAGUCAGUGAGUAAACAAUACUUGUAAAUGUAGACUUUGUUUUCUCUGCUUAGGGAAAAAUCUAUCUUUAGUCCAAUCACAUACAGAAGUAGCAACCAAGUGUCAAAUUGGGCUAAAGGGAUAAGGAAUUUUGUUUCAGAUUACCAUUUUAAAUUGUGAUCAACAGACAAUAUAAAGAAAGAUCUCAGGUUUGAAGUCCCAAAACUAAGUCUUACUUUAUAUGGCUACAAAUUUUCAUUUCACUGAAACACAAGAAUCCAAAAGCUCCCAAAAUAGCAAGCAUUUUCAUUUUGGAUUGGAUCUAACUCUUAAGAAUCUAAAAGAUGAUAC